CUCGUCCAGUCCAACCCGCAGAUGCUGCAGACCGUCCUGAUGCAGAUCGGGCAGGAGCAGCCCGAGCUGCUGGCGGCGAUCAACAGCAACCAGCAGGCGUUCCUCGAGAUGAUGAACCAGCCUAUCGAAGAGGGGAGCGACGCGGGUCCUUCCUCUUCGGGUUCAUCGUCCGCAGGGGGGCCGCCGCCUAGGGCUACCACGAUCCGCUUGACGGAGGAUGAGAGGGCGGCCGUCGAGAGGCUCAUCUCGCUCGGCGGUUUCGACCCUAACAUGGUGGUCCAGGCCUACCUUGCAUGCGACAAGAACGAGGAGUUGGCAGCAAACUGGCUCUUCGAUAAC